CCCGGGGCCGGCCCCGCCCUCUCCCGCCGCCUCUUAAAGGGGCCGCGUCCCCGCGCGGGCUCCGCCGCGAUGUGGCUCCGCCGGGUCCCCGCCGCGAUCGCGGCCGCUCGGAGCUACGCGACGGGGGGGGAGGGGCGGCAGCUGCUGCUGCGGCAGCUCUUCGAGGCCGCCUCCUGCACCUACACGUACCUGCUGGCGGACGCGCGCUCGGGCGACGCCGUCAUCAUCGACCCGGUGCUGGAGGCGGCGCCGCGGGACGAGCGGCUGCUGCGGGAGCUGGGGCUGCGGCUGCGCUACGCGGUGAACACCCACUGCCACGCGGAUCACGUGACGGGCUCGGGGGUGCUGCGGCGGGGGUUGGGGUGUCGCAGCGUCAUCUCGCGCGCGAGCGGGGCCCGGGCGGACCUGCUGCUGGCGGAGGGGGACGAGCUGCGCUUCGGCGCCUUCGCGCUGCGGGCGCGCGCCAGCCCCGGCCACACCCCGGGGUGUUUGACCCUGGUCCUGGAUGACGAGUCGAUGGCCUUCACCGGCGACGCCCUCCUCAUCCGCGGCUGCGGCCGCACCGACUUCCAGGGAGGCUGCGCCCGCACCCUGUACCACUCGGUGCACGAGAAGAUCUUCACCCUCCCCGACAGCUGCCUGGUCUACCCCGCGCACGACUACACCGGGCAGACGGUCUCCACGGUGGGGGAGGAGCGACGCCUCAACCCCCGCCUCACCCUCAGCCCCGACGCCUUCGUCCGCCUGAUGGAGGGGCUGGGCCUGCCCCGCCCCCACAUGAUGGACAUCGCCGUCCCGGCCAAUCUCCGCUGCGGGAUCCAGGAUGAUGUGGAUUAGCCCCGCCCCCGGGCCACGCCCCUCCCCGGGGGACACGCCCCCCUCCUCGGGGGACACACCCCCCUCUUCAGGGGACACGCCCUUUUUGAGCACUGAUGACACACACCCCCCCCCGGAGUGACCACGCCCCCUUUUGGGACGUGGCCACGCCUUUCUAUGGGGCAGGCCACGCCCCUCUGGGUCUUGGCCACGCCCACAUACACUCCUGAGCCCCUCCCCCCACCCAAUAAAAGAGACGAUCAA